UGACCACUCUAAGCGAUGUAAGUGAAAUAGAGGGAUCUUCCGGUUGAAGAUGGAAACCCCUCCAGCUGAAAUCUCGUCUAGGUUGCCACAGGUGUACAACCUCUUCAUUGCCUGGGUAUUAGACGAUGUGUUUUGCUUUGUUUCACAUCGCUGUCUAACGAUCGAUACCACCCAAAAACGUUCUAGGUACCGGGUGAUGUUUCGAUCACGGCCAUAUCGUUUUUGGAACCAGAGUGCUGUCGGGAAUCGUAUUUUUGUUGGAAACUGGGCGUUGUCAGGAUUGUGGACUUCCGACGGACAGGUCGUAAUUUAACACGACAGAUUUUCGGGACAAACCAUCUCACAUGCAGCUGCCAAUACCACUCUAUUGAUUCUAGCUGCAAGCGGCGGAUAGACUCUUUCCAAGGUCCAAAUUUCCUUAAAUUACUUACCCAAAGGUUAUGUCCUGAUUUAUAUCUUUAAAAAUAAUGCAUUUAUCCGUGGGUGCGAAUCAGACAACCGUCAGCUGUCAGCGUUUUACAUUGCUCCUGGGUAUUUAUAAAUCCAUUAACACCCAAUUGGGAAAGACAUCAACACAGCCCGCAGUAUGCACGCAGUGAUAACAAUAUCAUACAUAAGACCUAAAGACUACCAAUAUUGCCGACGCACCGCUGAAUAAAAAAAAAUUCUAAUAAUAAAGGUAGACCGCU